AUGAGCUCGGAAGUUUCUGCAGUAGAAAAACUAGUGGAAGGUCUUAUAAAACUGGUGGAAGAACUAAUUAAAAAAAAGAUCAUAAAUAGCAUUUACUACAAUGAAUUUGGAAACUUUGAAACAAUUAGUGAUGUUGGAUAUUUUUAUAUUUCUAAAGCCGAAUGGAAAAAUUUUAAAAUAAAUGUUGCUGUUAAAGCCGUUAAAAGUCUAUUUAAUCAGUAUUCCUACAAGAUAUUAGUUCAAGAG